GCUGAAAACUAUUCAGCCACUGUGACCAUGGUGACUCCUCAGUAAAAAAAGUAGAGCCUCGAAAAGGUAAGAUCACUGAGUACUAUACUGAAGCCGAGAGAUCGGCUGUUCUUUUCACAGUCAUCAGACUGCCACGGGGACAAAAGCAGUAGCUGUUUCGUCCAAGGUCCUGCAUUGGUCAUUACUGGUGCUCGCGUAUGUGAACCCCGUCAACGCGCCUGCAUUGUACCUAGUCGAGAUUUGGGAAUGCUCAAACGACAUAAAUCGCAACUAAGUUACUUCCAAGUCGAGAUCCUCGCCAGGCCGAGACUGCCACUGGGUAAGCGAUACAAGGUGUCAGUGUGGGUAAGCGAUACAAGGUGUCAGUGUGGGUAAGGACUACAUGUAGCGGGUACGGUACAUGUGCAGUGUCGCUAGCAAUACCGUUCUGCCAAGACCAUGAAGACUGAGAGUACAUCACCGCGGCCACAUGUACAUGUAUGUGUUCAUGAUUCUCCUAUAGAAUAGUGCAACUGGAGCUGCUGAACGUAUACCGGUAGUAAAUGUGCUGCUAUCAGUACACGUACAUCCACCAGCGGCCCAUCAAUCACAGCCAGGGGAGCUCGCAAAGGAAUCGCAAUCGCCAGCAGACUCGUCCAACUUCUCGCUGUCAUCUAUGGCAUUGCCCAUGCGAGUGAGACAUUGACUGGUGACUGCUACCUAAAAACACCGCUGCAGUGACGACAACAAUAACAACAACAACAACAUGGCAAGCCACGGUAGUCAGCCGACGUGGAAAUCAUCCACGUACACGGCACCGAAGCAUCAGCAGCGCAAGUUCCAUGUCAAGCUGAACCACACAUCGACAGCUAGCAAGCUUGCCACACCAUACGCCGCACGGACUGUCGCUGCUCCAUCCAGUGCAGCCCCGAACAAGACAACGAGCAACAACAGAACGCCCAUCGUACAACCGUACAGUUCGUUUGCUGACCCACAUCUCAACUCCUACUUCAAUCGCAAGUUUUCGGACAAAGGAGGAGCUGCAAAAAUUCAUGCCUCGCCAUACCUAGCCAAUCUGGCAUCGACUCACAAGCGCCCGCUCACGGCACCAUGCUCACAUCUCUCCUCCAGCAAGCAGCACGCUAAGUCCACGGUCACGCCCACGACGGCGGCGCUGCUCGGCAGGACGAUGGUGUCGCGCCCCAAGACCGUCUAUCGGAUCGAAAUCCACACCGGCGAUAAGAAGGCAGCGAGCACAACGGCACGGGUAUUCAUCGCUCUGCAUGGCACGCAUGGCAAGCUUAGCAAGCGUCGACUCUGGACGCCAAGCAUGGUAGACGAUGCCGACGAUGAUGGUGGAAAAGUGAUCGAUGCCAACGAGAAGUUCAUGUUCCCGCGCGGCGAGAUGCGCGUGUUUCUCCUGCAGGGCCCCGACAUUGGCGAGCUCUGCUCUCUUACCAUUGAACACGAUGGACUGUCGGAGAAGCACGCCUGGUACCUGCAGGAAGUUUUCAUCACAAACACCAGCACGGGCAUGCGCUGGAGAUUCGCCUGCAACCGGUGGCUGUCGCUGUUCCACUCCGACUGUCACAUCUCGCGGGAUCUGCGGCCCACCAACAGCGUGGCAACGCCAUCGAAGAAUGACGCAAGUCGGCUUGGCCAGUCCAGACACACCGGCCACACUGCUGUCAAGCAAAGCACUGAGUAUACUGUGUAUGAAAUCACAGUCAGUACGGGUGAUGUGCGAGGUGGCGGAACGGACGCAAACGUCUUUGUGACACUGAUCGGGGAGAGAGGAGCGACGCCAAAAACACAAAUGUUGAACGGGAAGAGUAACAAUUUCAACCGCAGUGCUGUGUCAGUGUUCCGCAUGAGAGCUACUCGACUCGGUAGGAUCUCCUCAAUCAUAUUGGAGCAUGACAAUACCGGAUUUGGGCCAGGAUGGUUUCUGCAAAAGGUACAGAUAUCUGAUCCGGGCAUCGAAGGACAAGAGCUGGAGGACACGGUUGAGUAUGACUUCCCAUGCAGCCAAUGGCUGGCGCGGGACACAGGAGAUGGUGAGGUCACCCGACAACUCCUGCCCAGCGAAGAAGCAAGUGAACCUGCAGCUGCUGAGGCGUCUGCGGAUCAGAGCUACAUCAUCACCACCACAACUGGAGAUUGCCGCGGAGCAGGAACCGACGCCAACGUCAUGGUAACAAUGUUCGGUGAGCAUGGCGACAGCGGACCGCAACCUCUCGAGAAUGCAAAGGCUAACUUUGAGCGGAAACGUGUCGAUAAAUUUGUCGUGAAGUGUCCUUCGCUUGGCGUUAUUGAUCGCAUCUUUGUUGGUCACGACAAUUCUGGGUUCGGACCAGGCUGGUUCCUGGAUGAGGUAUCAGUAGAGGACACCGUCGGCAAUGUGCUCUAUCGCUUUCCCUGCAAGCGAUGGCUGGCGAAGGACGAGGGCGACGGCCAGGUGUCUUGCGUCCUGGAAGCAGAGUCAUGCCAAGUUGUAUCCCGCAGCGAUCCUGCUAGCUGCAUGGAGCCUGGCUCAACCGCAGAGGACGUCAAUGAGAAUUUCUAUCGGGUAACAACCUGGACAGGCGACAAGCGAUUUGCUGGCACGGAUGCUACCGUCACUCUAACAAUGCACACCGGCUGCACCAGUCAACACCAGAAUGAGCAGCGGCAGCAGCAACACCCAGCAAGCUAUUCUGUCACACUAGAUCAAGACCAUCACAUCGUGGACAGCAGCAGCAGCAGCUCGCUGGCAUCAUCGAGAACUCUAUUCGCACGGGGUGCAGUGGACAGUUUUAUCGUGGCUCUGGAUGAACACAUUCAACCCAUCACAUCUAUAACUAUUGGACAUGAUAACAAGGGACUCAACGCAGGCUGGUUUCUAGAAAAGGUUUCAAUAGAGAGUAUCUCCUCCAAUAAAACCUACAAUUUCAUGUGCAACCAAUGGCUGGACGAUGCGGAAGGUGAUCAAGCGACAGAGCGGACACUCUUUGCAGUUGAUGACUCCACAGCAUCAUACGACGCAUCCUCUGCAGUUCACAGCGGAGAAACUCAGUGGUCAGUCUGGGUGUGGACAAGUGACGUCCGCGAUGCCGGUACAGAUGCUCGUGUCUUUCUGCAGCUGUACGGCGAUAGUGGAAUCUCUGCCGUUGUAGAAAUUGACAACGAGGCAGACAACUUUGAACGAGGGGAGCUGGACAAGUUCAAGGUAGCCCUUGGUGAUGUUGGUGAGCCAUACAAACUCCGUGUCUUCCAUGACAAUGCCAACCCGUUUCCAGGCUGGCAUUUGGAUAAGAUCCGCAUGGAAAAUCUCACCAGCGGGGCGAAGUACACGUUCCCAUGUGGCCAGUGGCUGUGCAAGGAUCAGGCAGCGGACGGCCAGGUUGUGCGGGAACUCGCUGCCCAGUCUGCCUGUGUUACUCCUCUGCAACAUGUCGAGUACACGAUCGAGCUGCACUGCGCUCAUAUCAAGUCGUCGGGAAAUGAGCCCCAGAUCUCCAUUCAGGUCUUUGGACUACGCGGCGAUACUGGAGUGCGCCAUCUUACUGCACGGAGAACGAAGAAGAAUAAGACUUUGUGGAAUCCAGGCAAGGCGAACAAGUUUACCUUCUCAGCGAUCAGCCUUGGGGACAUCAAGCGAGUGAAGGUACAGCAGGAUGCCAAAGGUGUUGACGUGUGUAUUCAGACGGUCAGAAUCGCCACAGCCAGUGGAAUAGAGUACUGCUGUAAGGACACUGAUGGCUGGUUGAGGGGAUCCGGCUCCACACUGCAAAUGCCUCUUUGCUCAGGCAAAGACAGCAAGGACAGCAGCCAGAAGGUUGACAUCGGUGAUGUUAGCGAGGCGUAUGAACUCACUGUGCACACUAGUGAUGUACGCGGUGCCGGCACUGAUGCCAAUGUCUUCAUCACGCUCUUUGGAGAGAGGUCAACAUCGGGCAGGCUGCAGCUCAAGAAGUCCCAGACUCACAAGAACAAAUUUGAACGAAACCAGGAGGAUGUCUUCAAAGUGGAGUCCGCCACUCAGCUGGGACGCUUGCUGAAGCUACGUAUAGCUCACGACAACAGUGGCAUGGCUGCUGACUGGCACCUUGAUCGGAUUGAGGUGAGAAAGGUGCUCACGCUGGGAAGCAGUGCACCUGUGGUGUUCCCGUGCGGCCGGUGGCUGGCCAAAAGGCAGCUGCCUGGUCUGUUCCUGGAUCUGAGAGCCAACGACAGUGCAGACAGCUCUUCACUCGGCGGAGCUGAUGCUGAUAGAUUAGCCGGGGACGACAGCGAUGGUGAUGGUGACGUGAGCGGAGCUGAUGAACCGAACAACGGCUAUGGAAGUGAAGAGUUCGAGGAUGAAGACGACAAUGAGGAUGACGAUUCAGAGAAUGCUGAGGAUGAUAAUGAGGAUGACGAUUCAGAGAAUGCUGGGGAUGAUGAUGAGGAUGAGGAUGAUGGAGAUGAUGGCGAUGUACACAGUGGCCCCAAUGCUGAGCACGAUUAUAGCGGUAAGGAUAAAAGUGAUGAUGAUGAUGAUGAUGAUGACGACGACGAUGAUGAUGGCUCAAAUCAGUACGCAAGUGACUUUGAAGAUGAUGGUGACUAGCAGUGCGUCUCGGUGCUCCCUGUUGUCAUGAGCGGGCAUCCACCAGAUUGGUCGAGGUGUAAUGCCUUGAGGCAUCCCCCCCCCCCCCCCCCCUGCUGUAAGCAUUUCUUCCGAACACUUUCUGACGUGCACCUGGUUGGCAUGCUCCAGUCUAGAACUUCUGCCUUAUGCCGGUGGAUGUAUUGCUUUGUAUCUGGUGGACACAAGAAUGGAUUUGUUUCAAGCCAUACUCCAACCGUUUUCUGCAUGGCUAGUGAUGCAAAUCAGUAUUGUACAUAAAUUGCACUGCUUUCUAAUGUAUGCGUGACUGCUGCUUCUGCUAGUUGAUAGCUUCUUUUCUUUUAAGCUAUGCAGACGGAUUGUGUGGGUAUGUUCUCCCAAGCACUGUUGUGAUCCCUGCUGUGUGUUAUCACGCACCCUCUCAGUUGCUAAUACAUGUACAUGACAAAUUGGCAUAAGUGUUCAUCUUUGUGUCAACAACUGGAGCUUUUUUGUAUCAA